GGGUAGAUGGGUAUCGGAUCGAGUUGAAAAGAAUUCGGGCCAACUCCAAAACCCUAACCCGGGUCCCAGCCUUGGUUCCUCUGGGGUGUUCCAGAAAGCAACCUUUGUUUAUUUAUUUUUCUUUUUGCUUGAUUCCUUGAUUGUUUCGUUGAUUUUGGUCCAAAAUUGAAGCAGAAUGGAAAAAUCAGGAGAGCAAAUGGUGGAUGUGAGGUCGGUGGUCGAAGCCAUUUCGACUGAUAAUGAAGAUGCACCUUUGUACCAGGUUGAGAGCCUCUGCAUGCGCUGCACCCAAAACGGAACAACAAGGUUUUUGUUUACUGAAAUUCCACACUUCAGAAAGAUAUUGUUGUCAGCCUUUGAAUGCCCACAUUGUGGUGAGAGGAACAAUGAAGUUCAGUUUGCUGGUGAAUUACAACCCAGAGGGUGUUCUUACAGUCUGCAUUUUUCAGCGGGUGAUCAGAAGAUGCUCAACCGACAGGUAGUGAAAUCAGAAUCUGCCACUAUCAAGAUUCCUGAAUUGGAUUUUGAGAUCCCUCCAGAGGCUCAGUGUGGAAGUCUAUCAACAGUGGAAGGAAUAUUGACAAAAGCCGUGGAUGAUUUACAGGCCCUUCAGGAAGAACGCAAGAAAGUGGAUUCUCAGACUGCGGAAGCAAUAGAUCAGUUUUUGUUAAAAUUGAAGCCUUGUGCAACAGGAGAUUCAUCUUUCACCUUCAACCUGGAUGAUCCUGCUGGCAACAGCUUCAUUGAGAACCCGUUUGCUCCAUCUCCGGAUCCAUCAUUAACUAUCAAGUUCUACAAGCGAAGCCCUGAGCAACAAGCAUCAUUGGGCUACCUUGUUGACUCAUCACAGUUGGGAGAGUCUUGUGAUGAGGAGUCAAUAAAAGAAGUAAAGAAUACAUCUGAUCAAAUGAAAAGAGAACCACAUGGAUCAAUUGGAGCCGCAGCCGGCCAUCGAGCUAUUGCUCAGGUUAAUAGUGCAGAGAUUGCUGAAAAUUUGUUUCGAUAUUCUACACCAGAAGAGGUAAUGACUUUCCCAUCAACAUGUGGAGCUUGUGCUGCAAGAUGCGAGACCCGAAUGUUUGUCACCAACAUUCCAUAUUUCCAAGAAGUAAUUGUUAUGGCUUCAUCUUGUGAUGGUUGUGGCUACCGAAAUUCCGAGUUGAAGCCUGGUGGUCGAAUUCCUGUUAAAGGAAAGAAAAUUACUGUUUGUGUGAAGAAUGUUAAUGAUCUAAGCCGUGAUGUAAUAAAGUCAGAUACUGCAGGUGUGAGUGUCCCAGAGCUUGACUUGGAGCUGGCUAGUGGCACUUUGGGUGGAGUUGUUACAACUGUUGAAGGCUUGAUUACAAAAAUUUGUGAAAACCUUGAGAGAGUACACGGAUUUACUUUUGGGGACAGUCUCGAUGAUUCUAAAAGAAGCAAAUGGCAAGAUUUCAGAAUGAGGCUAAGCAAGCUUCUGAGUCUGGAAGAGCCUUGGACUUUAAUCAUUGAUGACGCACUAGCAAAUUCUUUUGUUGCACCAACCACUGAUGAUAUCAAAGAUGACCAUCAGUUAACGUGUAAGUUCUCUUCCUGCCAGUCUGAGGCAAGUUUGAUUUUGAAAUGUACUUCAUUUUUAAUGAAAAGACUGAUAAUUUUUAAACCAUUGAGGUAUCUAGGGGUGGGUAAAGCUGUGCUCCGAAUAAGGAAUUAUUUUAUUUUAUUUGUUUAUUUCAGGUUUUUGCACCACUGUCCAAACAAAGGCCAUUCGUAGAUGGCUUUUGCAUUCAUGAUACAGUGAUUGCAAAAAUUUGAAAUAUAAAUAAGAAAGGGCAGGCACUCUGGAGGGUCAGAAUGCUCCUUCAUUCAUGUUAGAUUCCACUGCUUCACCACCCCUCCAGAGUUGGGCAUUUCUAGUUAUCUUGGCCAUCCAUUCAACUGGAUGCCUGCUUUAGGCAUGUUCUAAAAUUUUCUGACAUUUUCUUCUGUACACUACCUCUUAGGGCAAAGAAUUCCAGCAAGUUUGGAAUUUAAGUUACUUGGAUGCUUUUCUUGCUUUCAAAAGUCAGAAUUGUAAUGAGGUGCUUGGUGUUAAUUUGUUUUCUUGCUUCUAUACUUGAUUGAUCCUAAAUAAUCUUGUAGAAUGGGUAGGGUACAACUGUGAUCUGUUGGAUUAUAACAAAGAUAGAUGUCAGUAAACAUGGAAGGCCAGAAUAUACACAUUAAGAACGCCUUGAAAGAUGUUUUACUUUGAACCAUGUGACGAAAACAUAUUCAGUUUUCAGACACUUGCAUCAAUUAUGAUCCAGAAAUUCAUAUAAAUCAUUUUAGCAUCGAAUCAUUUAGCAUAUAAAACUUAAGAAUUAGGGUCAUCCACUUGGUCACUCAGUUCCUUCACCAUUUGGCUAUUUUCGUACCCAGUUUCUCCCACCAGUUCUGCAUUAGAUUGCCUCUAUUAAAACAUCAUUCACUCUAGUAUCCAGUUAUUACUAUUUUUUCUUUUGUUGUGAUAAUACUGUAUUGUCACCAUCUCCAGUUGAGGAAUACGAGAGGUCAUGGGAGCAGAAUGAGGAGCUGGGUCUUAAUGAUAUGGACACUUCUUCAGCAGAUGCCGCAUACAACUGAUGGGUAUUGAGUGUUAUAGGAGAAGACAAAUGGCUAAUCUCUUCCUUUGUUGUGAUGAUACUGUAUUGUCACCAUCUCCAGUUGAGGAAUACGAGAGGUCGUGGGAGCAGAAUGAGGAGCUGGGUCUUAACGAUAUGGACACUUCUUCAGCAGAUGCCGGAUACAACUGAUGGGUACUGAGUGUAAUAGGAGAAGACAAAUGGCUAAUCUCUUUUUCUUUUUCUUUUUCUUCUGGAAGGGAAAUGUAUCUUCUAGUUUAACCCCAUGCAGCAUUUCAAAUUGUUUGUGUUAUGGUUUUGAUUUCAAAAAGUAAAAUCUUAGCAAUCAAUGUACUAUUAAUCUUAUCACAUCAUCUGGUGUUGGAUAUGACUGGAAAAAAUUGCCAUCUGCUCAGUAGAUUUCAGGACACUGUAUAAUGGACUAGUUGGAAGAAUCACAUUGAUUAUUUUUCUUAAA